AUAUAUAGAUCUUUUAAAGUUGAUCGGAUAACUUUAAUUUUUGGAUUAAAAUACAAAUGAAACCCUAAAAUUGGUGACAUUUGUUAUUAAUAUUGGUUAGUUACCAUUUCUGAGAAAUCAAAUUCUAGAAAUUUGAGAAACCCACUAAUAAAACAUUAUAUAUGAUUCGUUACUAGUGAUUAGAAAGGGAAUUAGUGAUAAGAAUUCUCAGAACUUACCCCGCAUCCGAAAAUGAAGAAGAUGAAAUGGAUCACUUUACCCGCGAUUAGAUGCCGGAGUUGUCGGAGGAGAGGGUCACCAAAUUUGGGUAGGUGAUGAAAAAAUAUAUAUGUAAGGAGAAGUGAAGAAAUGAUAUUGAUAUACCUGUAAUCAUCAGGAAUGAUUGGGUGAGAAGGUGAGACCGGAGAAAUAAAAGGGGAUAGGGUAUACGCAAUAUUGUGUAAGAAAUGAUCUCAUUUUCAUUUCUCUAAACUCAUUUCCUCCUACCAAACACACCUUAAUGGCAAUCGACUGAAGCAAAAAGUGCAGCUCUUGGAAAGUUUGAAAAGAAAAAGUGAUGGUGGCAAACAUAAUUUUCUGGUUCGACUUCUGGGUGCUGCACGUCUACUUUCGUAGAUGGUCGAACCUAUGGUAAAGGCAGCUAUAGAAAUAUCUACUUUGCUUGCUCGAUCCUUCUUCAUGGGUUUUUCCACGACUCUGUUGGCCCUGCUUGCACGUCUUCGAGAUUUGACCCAGCAAAUAUUACUCGAUGUUGUUUUGGUAUUCAACAUGGUUUCAUCUCUAUCCAAUAAGCGGCAGUCUAUUAAGCUGAAUCAAGAAGGAAUUGAUGUUUUUAGGGAAUAUUGCCUGAAAAAUGAGGAAGCUGUGUUUUUGGAGUGUAUCUGGGAAACUGAUAAGUUCAUCUUACUCGAGCAGAAGAGUGAACCCGAAAACAAACUCCCAGGGACAAUAGAAAAUGACGUUGUAGCUCAAGGUUUAUCUGCAGUGGAGUAUCAAAGUUUUGAAAUUAUUCUUGGAGACAAUAAACCAGUGGAUACAAUAGCGGACUGGACUCCCGAAAAAGAUACCAUUCCUGUCAAAAUGGACAGUCGUUCUUCACAGGAGGGUCUUACUAAUGAUUGCAAAGAAGUUGGCUGUCAAAGUGAUGCAAAAGAUCUUUCGGGUGUCCAAUCUCCUUCCAUCAAGACCCUAGGACCAGAACAGUUACUGAGCUCCAGGUUAUUGGUUCCCUCGGAUCUUCCGGUACCUAAACCCGAACCAAAAAAAAAAGUUGCAUUCAUAUCUGUGAAGAGACCGCAACCUUCGAAUGCUAAUGACAGGUAGUUUCCAAAGAAGCCAAGGGACAGAGUUAAUGAUGAGAAAAAAGAUCCAUUUUUUUGUAUGCUCACCAGAGGGAGUAGUCUAUGUUGACAGCUUGUGUAAUAGUUGGUUGUUUGCUAUGUAGAAUACUUGAGCCAAUGAAAUUUCCCUUAUUUAUUUGGGUCAUUAACCUAUAAAA